AUGCUCUGGCCGAGAUCCGUGCUGGUAGAGGAAGAAACGCCCGAAAUAGGGUUCAUACUGCUAGAGGCCGAUGUGGUCGAGCCAGGAUCCGGAGUGGAGGAAUUAUUUGUGCUAGGAGCUAUCGCUUUGCUCAAAUUAGGGUCUGCACUCAUCGAUGACUUACUCGUGCCAACACUCAUACUAGGAGUGGAGGGAGAAAAGGUGCUGGAUACUGAUGUUAUGUUUAUUCCGGGACCUGGAUUCGCCAGGGUACUAGAGAAUAAUAAAGUACUCGGUGUAUCGCCCGUAGUAGAAGCGGUGCUUGAACUGAGACCUGUGCUCGAGCUUGAUGAGCUUGACCCAUUUUUUGUACUCGCGAAAGAGCCGGAAGAACUCGAUAUAAAAUUCAUGCUAGAAGCACUACUUGAUGCUAGACUUGCGCUGGAAUUCGAUGGACCUAAUCCAGUAUUAGUACUUGCGUUAGUACUCGAAGGUGAUAGAGUAGUCGAUAUAGGAUAUGCGCCAGAAGUGCUGUUGAACGCGACAGUUGCGCUGGAAGCUGAUGUGCUUGAUCCAAUGUUUAGGCUUGAUGGGGCUACCGACGAGCUAAUGCACCAAGGGUCAUCACGUUUGCAGAGGCUCGCCGAAGCAUUGCUGGACGUCGAUAUGAUGGAUCCAGGAUCCAUGCUGGAGGCGAUGCUAGAGGAUAAUAUGCUUGAUAUAUGGUCAGUACUGGUAGAAGUACCGGCGAUCGAGAGUCCUGUGCUAAUCAAAGUACUCGUUGCUUGGCCUAAGCUCGAGGAAGGAGUACUAGAGAUCGAGCUAACGCUUGAUCCUAGAUCCGAAACUGAGGAGCUGGAAUUCGAAGAACCCGUGCCAGAAGAAGCACUCGAUGCAGGAACCGAACUAGAAGAAGUUAUGGAAAGUGCCGUGGAGCUAGAUUCUAGGUUCACAUUGGAAGUAGAGCUACUGGAACUUGUAGCGGCGCUAGACCCGGGUGAUGCAGCGCUAGAUCCGGGACCUGUGCUCGAAGAACUGCUGGGGGUAGCACUAGAAGGAGCGUUGGAACUAGUACUUGGAGAAGUAACCGAAGAGGUGCCCGAGGAAGUUUUCGAUUCCGGAUCCGCGUUGGAGGUGGUGCUGGGAGUAGUGCUUGGAGCAGCGUCGAAGAAAAGACCAUUGAUAGUCUGGGUAACAGCGGCAGAACUAGCGCUUAAUCCAGGGUUCGUAGUAGACGAUGAGCUUGAUCCUGGGCUUGUACAAGAUGAUGAAUUGGACAAACCGGUCGGAAAACUGGACGACGAGGUGGAAGAAAAGCUCGAGAAAGCUGUUAUUCCAAGAUCAAUGUGGGAAGAUGUACCCGAUAUCGAUAACGAAGAGGUCAUCAACGGAGAGCUGCCAAUUGAAGAAAAGCUGCUCGUGGACAAGAGGCUACUACUCGACACAAAAGACGAAUAA